GGUGUGCCCGUGAAGAUUGGACGCGUGAAUAUGAAUGGCAACAAGCCGAUGGUACUGAAAUCGGAAAUCGAUCAUCCCGUGAGUAUUGCAUUGGACAUCGAGAAGAAAUUGGUGUACUAUAGCACGCAAUAUCCGGCAAGCAUUUGUGUUAUGGACUACCAUGGCGAGGAUCACCGUAUGCUGCUCUCGGAAGAGAACGCCAUUUCGCGACCCAGAAGCUUGGGCAUCCUAGAUUCCAGAUUAUACUACCUUGAUCCAGUCUAUGAGAAGAUUGUACGCAUCGAUUUGCCACGCGGCGAUAAUCCAAAGGUUAUAAUCGACAAUGAACCCGAUCUUAAGAGUAUGAUCAUCUUCAAGAAGCGCCCUAUGAUGCAGCAUCCAUGUCAAAUGAACUAAGGCGGUUGCGAGCAUCUCUGCAUACCCGAUGAUGUUUCCUCACGCACCUGCGCCUGUGGUGUCGGCUACCGCAAGGAGAACGAUAUCAACUGUGUGGCCUAUAAGACAUUCGCUGUUGUUUCACAGUUGGAUGUGACGCGCGGCUACAGCUUAACUGACAGCUCUGAAGCAAUGGUGCCGAUUAGUGGUCCCGGCCAUCAUAUUUUGCACGUUGAUGUACUGUUCCGCGAACAGUGGAUUUACUGGGCUGAAUAUAACGGGCACCUGGAACGGCAUUUUCCGCGACGCCCGAAUGGCACGGAACUGCAGCACAUCGUUAGAGGUAUCGGCAGUAAUGGCAUACGUGGCCUCACUAUCGAUUGGGUCGCAGGCAAUAUGUACUUCACGAAUAUCUACCCACACGAAAACUAUGUAGAAGUCUGUUGGUUAGAUGGCAGCAACCGCAAGGUAUUGGUUAAGACCAACGAUGCACCACGCGAACUGGCUGUUAAUCCGAUCAAACGUCUGUUGUACUGGAUCGAUUAUGGACAGCAUCCGCGCAUAGGCAAAGCAUACUUGGACGGUUCAAAUUGGAUACCGAUGGUAACAUCUGGCAUCUCUAAUCCACGCGAUUUAACGGUAGACAUGCUGACACACGAUGUCUACUGGGUCGACUCAAAACUGGACACCAUUCAAAAGAUUUCGUAUUCAGGUGGCAAUCGUAAGAUCAUCCGCCGCAAUUUACCCAAUCCAAUGGGUAUAGCCAUAUCUAGCGACGUCUACUGGGUAGAUCGCAAUUUGAUGACCGUUUUUAAGGCCUCCAAGCUGUCGGGCAACGAAUCGACGCCCGUACGCGUGCGUACCAAUCUACAAAAACUACGCGACAUUGCCAUCUACAAUAUCAAUAAUCAGCCGCAGGAUGACGGUACCUGUGCGCGCCUAGGCAAUGGCGGCUGCGAUCAGCUCUGCUUCAGCUUCCCACCAUGAACAAACAAAUCCUGCACGUCUAAUUAUCGCUGCGACUGCGCUACCGGAAAGCUGGCUGCGGAUGAGCGCAAGUGCGAGGUAGUCAAUGAGUACCUUGUAUUCGCUACGCGCACUGAAAUACGCGCGGUCAACUUGGACCCACAUUCCACGCAAGUACCAUUCACACCAAUGAAUAAUCUCACCAACGUUGUCGGCCUUGACUUUGACUUUGCGGACAAUCACAUGCUGUUCACACAAAUCCGUCCAUGGGCAAAAAUUGCCUACACUAAGGCUGACAACCCGAAUAGCAACGAUGUCAAUGUGGUGUUGAGUAGAGGCAUUAAUCCUGAAGGUAUCGCUUAUGACUGGACGCAGAAGAAGAUUUACUGGACCGAUAGCUCGAAUAACUCAAUUUAUGCUAUGAACUUAGACGGCACUGAUUUGGUAAUGAUUGCCCGUGUGGAAAGACCUCGUGCCAUUGUGCUCGAUCCUUGCAACGGCACACUUUAUUUCACCGACUGGGGUCGUUUCGGCACAUCCGGUAAGAUUUUCCGCACCACCAUGGCAGGCUCAUUGAAACGUGCUAUUGUUGACAAAGAGCUCUCACAACCCAGCGGCCUAGCGAUCGAUUACGACGAGCGCAAACUAUAUUGGACAGAUGCCGUGCGUGAAAAGAUCGAACGUUCUGACUUGGAUGGCAAGAAUCGUGAGCUGCUUGUAGAUGCCACAAUAUAUCCCUUCGCUAUAACCGUUUUCCGCAACUACAUCUACUGGACCGAUUUGCAGCUACGUGGCGUAUAUCGCGCCGAAAAGCACACUGGUGCCAAUGUCGUGGAGAUGGUAAAGCGUUUGGAGGACUCACCACGUGACAUACGCGUCUACAGCGCUGACCGGCAAAAGUGUACUGUAAAUCCAUGUCUGAUCAAGAACGGUGGGUGCGCGCAAAGCUGUCAUCCGGCGCCGAACGGCAAGGCGGAAUGCAAGUGCGAUGACAACUCGAAGGUGGUCAAUGAGGGACGCAUGUGCGCGCCACGCAACAAUACAUGCGAGGCAAGCAAAUUCUAUUGCCAGAACGGCAAGUGUAUUUCACGUAUGUGGUCAUGCGAUGGCGACGACGACUGCGGCGACAACUCAGACGAAGAUCCAAACUACUGCGCUUUCCAUUCAUGCUCGCCCACAGAGUUCCGUUGCAACAAUGGACGUUGCAUAUUCAAGUCAUGGAAAUGUGAUCAUGAAAAUGACUGCAAAGACGGCUCUGAUGAGAUCGAUUGCACUUAUCCACCCUGCGUGGAUGGCGAAUUCACAUGUGGCAAUGGACGUUGCAUACCCAUGGCACAAGUGUGCAAUGGCGUCAAUGACUGCAAAGACAAUACAACUUCGGAUGAAACGCACGAACGCUGUCCACAGAACACGACAUGUCCACCAAACCAUCUCAAAUGUGAAAAGACCAACAUCUGCGUGGAACCCUACUGGCUAUGUGAUGGUGACAACGACUGUGGCGAUAACUCCGAUGAGGACCCACUACAUUGCGGACAACGCACAUGCCCAACGAACAGUUUCCGUUGCCCGAACCACCGCUGUAUACCGGCGACUUGGUAUUGCGAUGGUGACGAUGAUUGCGGCGAUGGAGCUGAUGAACCGCCAGAGUACUGCAAGUCAGAAGGACGCACCUGCUUCGGUGAUCUAUUCACAUGCGAUAAUGGCAACUGUAUACCUAGAAUUUAUAUUUGCGACGGUGAUAAUGAUUGUCUGGACAACAGUGAUGAGGAUAGCAGGCAUCAGUGCAACGACCGCAAAUGUGAUGAGGAGACGGAAUUCACUUGCUUGGAAAAUAAGGCUUGGGGUCGUGCACAAUGCAUACCGAAGAAAUGGAUAUGUGACGGCGAUCCGGACUGUGUGGAUGGCGCUGACGAAAACACAACAUUGCAUAACUGCGCCACUCAACAACCCUGCGGCGAAGACAUGUUCACUUGCGACAAUGGCCGGUGCAUCAAUAAGGGCUGGACUUGCGAUCAUGACAACGAUUGCGGUGACGGUUCUGAUGAGGGUAAGUUCUGCAGCUCUAAAUACAAAAGUUGUUCGGAUCAGGAGUUCACCUGUCAGAACUUCAAGUGCAUACGCAAUCAAUACCGUUGCGAUGGCGAGGAUGAUUGCGGUGAUCACUCGGAUGAAGUGGGCUGUAAGAAGGAUAACACAACAUGUCCGAAUGGUCAAUUUACCUGCACGAAUGGCCAAUGUAUUGACUAUCAUUUGGUAUGUAACAAAGUCCCCGACUGUGCCGAUGAGUCAGACGAGCCAGCGCAUUGUAAUGUAGACGAAUGUGCAAAGGUUGAGAUACAUCAGUGCGGACACAAGUGUGUAGAUACGUUGACGAGCUACUACUGCGACUGCAAUCAAGGCUACAAACUCAUGCCCGACGGCAAGGCCUGCGCUGAUAUCGACGAGUGUCUUGAGCUCCCAGGCGCCUGCUCGCAACAUUGUUCCAAUACACCAGGCGGCUACUAUUGCAAGUGCGACGAACGCUAUUACGAACGCCAAACGGACGAACACACUUGCAAGCGAAAGGACAACAUCAAACCUUGGCUGGUAUUCACCAACAAAUACUACGUGCGCAACAUGUCACUGGAUGGCAGCCAAUACAAUCUAAUGCACCAAGAUCUAAUGAAUGUAGUGGCGCUGGACUUCGACAUUCAGGAGCAGUAUAUGUACUUCUGUGAUGUCACCGCCAAAACUAUCUUCCGCGCCAAAUACGCCAACGACGAUGAGAAACCCGAACGUGAAGCCAUCAUACGCCAUGACUCACAUGGCUUGGAAGGCAUCGCGGUCGAUUGGGUGGGCCGCAAACUCUAUUGGCUCGAUAGACACUCGAAGAAUUUGGAUGUUUCGGAGCUGGACGGCACAAAACGUAAGACACUUCGCAGUGGCGUCAUCGAUCCACGUGCGCUGGUCGUUCAUCCAGGCAUUGGUUACUUGUAUUUCACGUCGUGGCAUCUGCAAGCCUACAUCGCCAAAAUGGGCAUGGAUGGCUCGAACUUUACGCGCAUUUUAACCUGGGACGAUGAUAUUGCCUGGCCAAAUGCUCUUACCAUUGACUACUUUACGGAUCGCAUUUACUGGGCGGAUGCUCAUUUGGAUUAUAUAGCCUAUACCGAUUUGGAAGGUCGUCACCGCCACAUAGUGCUAUCUGGCGUGAAGGUGCCACACAUUUUUGCGCUAUCACUCUUCGACGACUAUCUCUACUGGACCGAUUGGAAUUUGAAGGGCAUAAUGCGCGCCAACAAAUUCACCGGUCAAAAUUAUACUGUACUCCGCAAUACUACCCACCGUCCAUACGACAUACAUAUCAACCAUCCGCUUAGACAACUACCCUACACGAAUCCCUGUGGCAAAGAUAAUGGCGGGUGCUCACAUUUAUGCCUGAUCGCGCCACCGCCCGAAUCUACCUACUUCAAUAUCGAAGGCUACAUCGAGGAAGGCGCGCCGAGCUACAAGUGCGCUUGUCCCAACCAAUUCUACCUGGCGCGCGAUAGCAAGACCUGCAUAGCCAACUGCACCGCCGGCCAGCACCGUUGUGGUGGCAACGACGAAAAAUGCAUACCCUGGUUCUGGAAGUGUGAUGGUGAAAAGGAUUGCAAGGAUGGUUCCGAUGAGCCUUCAACUUGCCCGACGCGUCACUGCCGCGCUGGCACAUUCCAGUGCAAGAACACAAACUGCACACCUUCCGCGACCAUUUGUGAUGGCACCGAUGAUUGCGGCGAUGGCAGCGAUGAACAAAAUUGCGAUCUUCCCUGCCCCGAAUCGGACUUCAAAUGCAAAUCUAGCGGUCGCUGUAUACUCGAUAGUUGGCGUUGCGAUGGCGAUGCCGACUGUAAGGAUGGCAGUGAUGAGGAUCCGGCUGUGUGUCAUAAGCGCGCCUGCGAUCCGGAAACGGAAUUCAGCUGCAAGAAUGGCCGCUGCAUACCGAAACUGUGGAUGUGCGACUUCGACAAUGAUUGCGGCGAUGAUUCCGACGAACCAGCCUACAUGUGCCGCCAACGCAACUGCACCACUGGCUGGCAACGCUGCCCCGGUCAAUCGAACUACCGCUGCAUACCCAAGUGGCUCUUCUGUGAUGGCAAAGACGACUGUCGCGACAAUAGCGAUGAGUUGCCAGAGAAUUGCCCGAAAUGCUCAACGGAAACGGACUUCAAGUGCGCCAAUAAUCGCUGCAUACCAAAACAAUGGAUGUGCGACUUCUCGGACGAUUGCGGCGAUGGCAGCGAUGAGAGUGACGCCAUUUGCAAGGGUAAAUAUCGUGAGUGCUCAGAGUCGGAAUUCCACUGCGCUAAUGGCAAAUGCAUUUCGUCGCGUUGGCAGUGUGAUCAUGAGGACGAUUGUGGUGACAACUCUGAUGAGAUGAACUGUGAGGGCUAUCAGUGCAAGAACGGCACCUUCCAGUGCAUGUCCGGCCACUGCAUCGCUUCGUACUUCCGUUGUGAUGGUGAUCGCGAUUGUCGUGAUAUGUCUGAUGAAAUUGAUUGUCCACCACGCUUCCCUGGCGGGCGCUACUGCCCUGAGUCGCGCUUCCAGUGCAACAAUAACCUCUGCGUUUCGCCUUCUGAUCUGUGCGAUGGUACCGACGACUGUGGUGAUGGUUCGGAUGAGGAUGUUAAAGUGUGCACGGACUUUAAUUGUGAUACGUUGCGCCGCUUCCAAUGUGCCAAUCACCGCUGCGUGGCGCGCUAUCAGAUAUGUGAUGGUGUGGACAAUUGUGGUGAUGGUUCAGAUGAGAAUAAUAUGACGCUGUGUGCCAAUAAACAGAAACCAUGUGAUCUUUACACGCAAUAUCAAUGCGCUAAUAAGAAUUGUGUUGAGCGCUCCCAGGUUUGUGANUCCGGCGAAGUGAUACGUCAAGAUAAGUUCGGUCGUGGCGUGCAGGUAAUCAUUCAUCGUAAUCUCGUCAAUCCGUCCGGUCUGAAGGUCUAUCAUGAGCAACGUUACAAUACUUCGCUACGCAAUCCAUGCUAUGAGUCCAGUUGCUCGCAUUUGUGUCUGCUAGUACCUGGCGGUCAUCGUUGCGCUUGUCCAGAUAAUUCCGGACCACUGCCAUCGCAUCGCAGCACUGCCGAAGUGAUUUGUGACGCUGCAGCGGAGCGACCACGUCCUGCGCCACGUAUUUGUCCAUGCCAGAAUGGCGGUCUAUGCCGCGAAGAUGAACGUGGCGAUUUAUACUGUGAAUGUCAGCCUGACUUCAAGGGCGAGCAUUGUGAUCGCAGUGUAGCCGGCGCAUUCGGUCACGGCGGUGCCAAUGUAACAGCAGUUGUGGUACCGAUAAUGGUGAUACUGCUGGUGUUGCUGACAGCGGGUGGCGCGUGGUAUGUCAUACGGAAGAAGCCAUUCGGUAAAUUGGCGCGUCUACCGACAUUAACAUCAUCACAAAGUGUUACGUUCCGCCAUGGCACAAACGUUGAGUUCAACGCACCUGGUUUUCCAGGUGGCGCAGCGGCGGAUCCAUCCAAUGAUGUACCUCCCAUUGAGGGCUAUAAUCUGCAGACCGUGAAUACGGCUAAAACGCGUGAUUUCUCGAAUCCAAUGUACGAUGCCGUGCAGUCGGGCACCAACAACGAUCCAAACCUGAGCAAUGGAACAGGUAUUUACGAAGUGCCACAUGAUCCCUCCAAAUCGAAACCGAUUGGUCCGUUUACCGAACCCGUCUCGGCCAUAUUAGCGCCCAGCAGCAUAACACACAAAUCAUCACCGCAAUUGCAAUUGCGUACCAGAGAACUGGAUCCAUCAGCGGAUACCGGCAAGGAUACGCAGUAUCUUGUUGAAGAGGAUAAGUCUGAAUGCUGAUAUAAAAUUACAUAGAACGAAAUUCAUCACAAUUACCAGCAACAAAUGCAACAACAACACCACCACAAAUAUAAAAUCAACAACAACAACUACAGCAAAUCAAAUGUAACGAGUACAUAUUCCAACUAUUGUAUACAAACGAAAACAAAAACAAAAACGAAAAGAAAACAACAAACAGACAUAUUUACAACGCUUUAGAUACGAAAGAAAAAGAUUUAAAAAAAAUAUAGAAAAAAUGCUUGUAAAUUAAUUUUGUGUAAAAAAAAAAUAUUAAAAUUAGAAAAUAUUUAGGUAAAAAACAAACAUAAAAAGAAUACAAAAUACAUAUUUGUUAACUAAGAAACAGGAAAUUUUUCUAAAUUUUAUAACACUGAAAGCAAGAAAAACCCGAACAGUAACAACCAAAACUAAACGUUUUAUAAAUUAUGCUGCUUUUAUAAUUUUACAAUGUAGAAUAUUGUAAAGGUAAAAACAACAACAACAAAAUAAGAAAAACGGCAACAAUAAGUGUAAAGAACAGCACACCGCGUUAGCCAAACAUAUCCUUUUUGUGCGCAUGACUAUACAUAUAGUCCGGCUUUUUGGACUGCUAACAAAAAAAAAA